AUGGCCCAGGCUGCACCCGAGGAUUACCGGGAACGAUACCUCCCGGCCUGCCUCCCCAACUCAGGUCACAGAAAUGAGAAGAAGAAAGCGAGACGCCACACGGCCUCUUCGGACCCCCUUUAUACCCCGACCCAGGAGGACUACAGUGACCCGGAGAGCCCGCAGUCCAGCCUCUCUUCCCAGUAUUUCCAGGGCGAAGUGGCCGUCACCGAGAGCUACUCGAUGGAUGCCUUCUUCAUCAUCGACGGGCGGUCCCGCCGGCGGGGCGAGGGCCCUCGGCGCGGGGGCCACCGCCACGCCUGCCCCGAGUGCGGCAAGACCUACGCCACCUCGUCAAACCUCAGCCGCCACAAGCAGACGCACCGCAGCCUGGACAGCAAGAUGGCCAAGAAGUGCCCGACAUGCAGCAAAGCCUACGUCUCCAUGCCGGCCUUGGCCAUGCACCUGCUGACGCACAACCUCAAGCACAAGUGCGCGGUCUGCGGCAAGGCCUUCAGCCGGCCGUGGCUGCUGCAGGGACACAUGCGCUCCCACACGGGGGAGAAGCCCUUCGGCUGCUCCCACUGCGGCAAGGCCUUCGCAGACCGUUCGAACCUGCGCGCCCACAUGCAGACCCACUCGGCCCUCAAGCACUACCGCUGCGCACAGUGCCAGAAGACAUUUGCCCUCAAAUCCUACCUCCACAAACACUACGAAUCUGCCUGCUUCAAGGGGGCCGAGCACGCCUGCCCGGCAGGCAACUGA